CAAUUUACAAAUGGUGGUUGCCAACUUCUUUCAUCGAAAUUUACAGAUAAAGGAUUUAUAAAUACCUCUUUCUUUUUCAUCAAGAAUUGCAAAAUCCCAGUGAAAAUUCCCCAGCUACCUCUUUCUUCUCUGUCCAUAAUCGGUCGUCUGAAUUGGAAAAAUGGGUCAGACGCUUGGUUGUAUUCAAGUGGAUCAGUCCAAUGUUGCUGUGAAGGAACAAUUUGGCAAGUUUCAAGAGGUGCUAGAGCCCGGCUGCCAUUGCCUUCCGUGGUGUUUUGGCUACCAAUUGGCCGGUACCCUAUCGUUACGUCUACAGCAGCUCAAUGUCCGCUGUGAAACAAAAACUAAGGACAACGUGUUUGUGAAUGUGGUUGCUUCGAUCCAGUACCGAGCACUGUCCGACAAAGCAUCUGAUGCAUUUUAUAAGCUAUCUAACACCAAAGAGCAGAUCCAAGCAUACGUAUUUUAUGUCAUCAGGGCAAGCGUACCGAAAAUGGACCUUGAUUCCACUUUUGAGCAGAAGGAUGAGAUAGCUAAAGCUGUGGAAAAUGAACUUGAAAAGGUAGCGUAAAACGUAUGCUCUUCACAGACGAUACAAAGCUUCAACUUACGAAAUGUAGACAGAGAGCUUAUGCCAAUGCGAAGAAAUGUGUCUUCAUAUCGAGAAUGCAUGAAUAUGCCUCCCUAUUUAUAGGCCAAGUCUACUACUCAUGGAGCAUGUAGAAGCAAUGCAGAGACGUUAGAUUGUAACGGUCGGCCGUUAGAGACGUUACAAAUGUCUAUCUUCGAGCAUGAACUUGGACAGAUGUAUCUAGACACCUCUCACGUUGAUGUUCGUUUUGGACGACCCGAUCAAUGAGCACGCAUGGACAAAUAUGUGUCCAAUGUGAGAUCAAUUAACAUCUCACUACACCUCAAUGUUUUAAAAACUAGACGGUUUGGUGAUGAACCAAUGCCUAGUUCGGUUCAGUUUGUGCUAUAAAAUUAGUACAGAAUUGGGCCAUUUUGGACCAGGUGAGUUGAUCAGUUCAGCCGUAAAUCGGUGACUGUGUAACCGAUUAGUCAUUAUAUAACACCGCUAUCACUCCAUCACGUACAUUUUAUCUCAAUCCAUCCUAGCUUAUUUUCCUAGUCACUUUUCACCUUCCCAUCCCAUCAUUUCUUGUUCAACUUUUACUAAUGUGCAAUUUAUGAUGGGAAGUUACUUUUUA